AUGACGUCACUGGAUGACAUUAACACUCUCAGUCAUUUAGGCGCAGCCAGUCAACCGAAACACAAGUCUAGAAACAUCGCUAAAAAGAUCAGCAGAAAGCUAUUCUUAAGGCGGCGACACACAGACUCAACCCUGGGUCUCAUUGGGAAAGAUGAAGGCGCUAGACGACUGGCCACUGUCGACCCAGCAGAGGCACAACAGUGGAGCAAGUCGUUUGAAAACUUGUUGUUUGAUAAAACUGGUCUGGAGCUGUUCCGCGGGUUCCUUAUGACGGAACACAGCGACGAGAACAUCGAGUUCUGGAUGGCCUGCGAGAACUACAAAAAUGCCAAGUCCAUCAAACAGUUGCCAUCAAUGGCCAUGAAGAUAUUCAACGAUUAUGUAGCUGUCCAGUCGAAACGCGAGAUCAACCUGGAUUCAACAACAAGAAAGUACACGUACGACAGUGUCAGCUGCAACCCAAACAGGCAGACGUUCGACGAGGCACAGAGACGGGUACAGGCCUUGAUGGAGAAAGAUUCCUACCGCAGGUUUCUGGAAUCUGAGAUUUAUCACGAUCUAGCCUCUGGCAAUCUCCAGCAGAAAUCUUAG